CGCUACCUCAGGAAGGAAAGCUGUCAUGUUCACUGCUGCAGACGUGUCCUCUGCAUCACACAGAAUAUUUCCACUCACACGAUUUUUUCGACACCCAAAUUAUUUCACUUGCAUCUUUCAGUCUGAUUCUUGAAAGACUUCAUUAGCCAGUUGUCACUUUGCUCGCAGCUUCUUUUCUGCGUUGGUUGACAGUAACUCCUCCAUACCUCCAAGAUGCACCUGAAUAGGUGAGGGGGGUCAUCCGCGGGUAGAUAUAACCCGGGCUUUUAAAAGAGCGCGUCUUUCUUUCCGGGAGUCCGCUCCUUUUUGGCAGAUCACCCUCCGAUGCAAUUAACCCAGGAAGAAGACUUUGUCAAGGGGGACUCAACGCCGACAACCGCAGCUCUCCAGGCCGACGGCAGCGCCGGAUCUUCGGCCAAAAUGUGCAGCGAAUGUUACGAGAACCAGUCAUUUGUAAACGAUGAUGGGACCGUGAACGACCACAAACCUCGCGCCUCUCCAGGGCCACUCCCGACCAACAUCAGCAGCAGUGGGGUUAUCUUAGACAUCUCCACUCUUAAGAUGGAGCAGCUGGAGAGUGAGGUGCCUCCGCUGCCGCCCCGCUUCCGCUUCAGAGACCUGCUGCUCGGGGACCAGAGCUUCCAGAAUGAUGACAGGGUGCAGGUAGAGUUUUAUGUGAAUGAAAACACCUUCAAGGAGCGUCUGAAGCUUUUCUUCAUCAAAAACCAAAGAUCAAGUCUUAGGAUUCGUGUAUUCAACUUCUCACUGAAGCUGCUCACCUGCCUGCUGUACAUCAUCCGAGUGGCAACAGACAACCCUGGUCAGGGCGCCAGCACCAAUCACACCGCAGGACAGCAAAACUCUCCCAGUGGCAACAACAAGUGUGUUGACUGUCCGUGGAACGGAUCAGUGCAGGACAGAGAAAUUAACUGGGGUUUGAUCUUCUGGGUGGAUAGAAAGGUGCCUGUGUGGGCCAUUCAAGUAAUUGUGGCCAUCAUUAGUUUCCUGGAGACUAUGUUACUGAUGUAUCUGAGCUACAAGGGGAACAUUUGGGAGCAGAUAUUCCAGGUGUCCUUCCUUUUGGAGAUGAUCAACACAGUUCCCUUCAUCAUUACGAUCUUCUGGCCCUCAAUAAGGAACAUCUUCAUUCCCGUGUUUCUCAACUGCUGGUUGGCCAAGUGUGCUUUGGAGAACAUGAUCAAUGAUGUCCACAGAGCAAUCCAGAGGACCAACUCAGCCAUGUUCAACCAGGUCCUCAUUCUCAUCUGUACCCUGCUCUGCCUGGUCUUCACUGGCACAUGUGGAAUCCAGCACCUGGAGCGAGCGGGCAAAAAUCUCACCCUCUUCAAUUCCUUCUACUUCUGCAUUGUCACCUUCUCAACUGUGGGCUUUGGAGACGUCACUCCCCGCAUAUGGCCCUCCCAGCUCCUGGUGGUCAUCAUGAUCUGUGUGGCUCUGGUGGUGCUACCUCUGCAGUUUGAGGAGCUGAUGUACCUGUGGAUGGAGAGACAGAAGUCUGGAGGGAAUUAUAGCCGCCACAGAGCGCAGACAGAGAAACACGUAGUGCUGUGUGUCAGUGCACUAAAGAUAGACUUGCUCAUGGAUUUCCUCAAUGAAUUCUACGCCCAUCCUAGACUGCAGGAUUACUAUGUGGUGAUCCUGUGCCCAAGUGAAAUGGACCUCCAAGUGCGGAGAGUGCUGCAGAUCCCUUUGUGGUCACAAAGGGUCAUCUAUCUGCAAGGAUCUGUUCUCAAAGACCAGGACCUGCUAAGAGCCAAAAUGGAUGACGCAGAGGCUUGUUUCAUUCUAAGCAGUCGUAACGAGGUGGAUCGCAUGGCUGCGGACCAUCAGACCAUCCUGAGAGCCUGGGCAGUAAAGGAUUUUGCUCCAAAUUGUCCCCUUUAUGUCCAGAUACUCAAACCUGAAAAUAAGUUCCAUGUAAAAUUUGCAGAUCAUGUUGUGUGUGAAGAGGAGUUUAAAUAUGCCAUGUUGGCUCUCAACUGUGUGUGUCCAGCCACCUCCACUUUGGUCACGCUCCUUGUUCACACCUCCCGCGGACGAGAAGGACAACAGUCUCCAGAGCAGUGGCAGAGGAUGUACGGAUGUUGCUCCGGCAACGAGGUCUACCACAUCCGACUGUCUGACAGCAAGUUCUUUGGAGAGUAUAAUGGCAAAAGCUUCACAUACGCCUCCUUUCAUGCUCACAAGAAGUACGGCGUGUGUCUGAUCGGUAUAAAGAGGGAAGACAACAAGAGCAUUCUGCUGAACCCUGGCCCACGCCACAUCAUGGCUGCCACAGACACCUGCUACUACAUCAACAUCACCAAGGAGGAGAACUCAGCCUUCAUCUUCAACCAGGAGGAGAGGAAGGGCCGCACUGCUGGGGGAAUCUAUGACGGACCCUCACAGCUUCCUGUGCACAGCAUCAUCGCUAGCAUGGGCACUGUUGCCAUGGAUCUUCAGAAUACGAGUCCACCUGACACCUCAGGGGGUAGACUGGUCCCACCUACAGUAAAUGGAACAGGGAGCCGCCGGCCGAGCAUCGCUCCAGUUCAGGAGAUCGCAGACUCCUCCUCAAUACUGCCAUGUGACCUCCUCAGUGACCAAUCAGAGGAUGACUCCGUUUUCACAGAUGAGAAAGGCCACUCAUCUACUGAGUAUGUGAAAGGUUAUCCCCCUAACUCUCCGUACAUUGGGAGCUCGCCCACCUUGUGCCAUCUGUUGGCUGAAAAAGCACCAUUUUGCUGCCUACGACUGGACCAGGGUUGCAGGCACAACAGCUUUGAGGAUGCUAAGGCUUAUGGUUUUAAAAACAAGCUCAUUAUUGUGUCUGCUGAGACUGCCGGGAACGGUCUCUAUAACUUCAUAGUGCCUCUCAGAGCUUAUUACAGACCCAGAAAAGAACUCAACCCUAUUGUCUUGCUGUUGGAUAACCCGCCAGAUAAUCACUUUCUGGAGGCCAUCUGCUGUUUUCCUAUGGUCUACUACAUGGCUGGGACCAUAGACAAUCUGGACAGCUUGCUGCAGUGUGGCAUUAUCUACGCUGAUAAUUUGGUUGUUGUGGAUAAAGAGAGUACAAUGAGUGCAGAGGAGGACUACAUGGCUGAUGCCAAAACUAUUGUCAAUGUACAGACGAUGUUCAGGUUGUUUCCUAGUCUCAGUAUUAUCACAGAGCUUACUCAUCCCUCCAACAUGAGAUUCAUGCAGUUCAGAGCAAAGGACUGCUAUUCACUGGCCCUCUCCAAGCUGGAGAAGGUACAACAUAACAAGAGGGCUUACAGUGAAAAAGAGCGUGAUAAAGGCUCCAACUUGGCCUUCAUGUUUCGCCUACCCUUCGCUGCCGGCAGAGUGUUCAGUAUUAGCAUGCUGGACACCCUGUUGUAUCAGUCUUUUGUGAAGGACUACAUGAUCCUUAUUGCAAGGCUGCUGCUGGGGCUGGACACCACUCCAGGAUCAGGAUAUCUCUGUGCCAUGAAAGUAACCGAGGAGGAUCUGUGGAUUAGUACCUAUGGCAGACUGUUCCAGAAACUUUGCUCCUCUAGUGCCGAAAUUCCUAUCGGGAUCUAUCGGACAGAAUCCCACAUUUUCUCAACCUCUGAGUCACAGGUGUCAGUCAGUGUUGACGACUGCGAGGACACCAAGGACAGGGGGGACGAGUCUCGCAGCAAUGACCAAUCAGAUCACCCACUUCUGAGGAAGAAGAGCAUGCAGUGGGCACGGCGUCUGAGUAAGAAAAGUGUGAGGUGGCAGGGAGUGAACCGGGACUCGAGCAGGGACCACGGCCAGCGCAUCGCUCAGCAGCGCCUCAACCUCUACCGACGCUCUGAGAGGGAAGAGCUCUCUGAGCUGGUCCGCAACCGCAUGAGGCAUCUGGGCCUCCCCACCUCUGGAUAUGAAGACCUAACUAAUCUGACAGCCAGUGAUGUCAUGAACAGAGUCAAUCUGGGAUACCUACAAGAUGAGCAGAAUGAUCACCAAAACACCCUGUCGUACGUCCUGAUUAACCCUUCUCCUGACACUAGGCUGGAGCUCAAUGACAUUGUGUACUUGAUUCGUUCAGACCCUCUGGCUCACGUCCCAGAGGAGCCUCCUGUCCACAGCAGCAGCCUGAAAGAGAGACACGAAUCCAGUGUAGACACCAGAGAGGACACCCAGCUCUGAUACCAUGCUGACCUUCACUGGUACUUCAUAAUCACCCCCUUCUGCUGUCAUGGGGGUCUGGUUGCACCCAUGCAGGUCAAGUCUGAAAGAGGACAUUUUGUGCUACAAUGUUCCAGCAUUGCAGUCUACAGUCAGCUGUAAUAUAUGAGUGCCUACUGUUUGGCAGAUGACAUUUGACAUCAUCUGUGACAUUUUCAUCCUCUUGCCACAUACUCUGUAUGUAAGAAUGGUGUAUUCAUGUCAAAGCUCUCUCUCUUGGUGAUGAUCAGUGAUAGACAAGCUUGUUAACUGAAGGGAUAUCAAUCAGGUCCAUCAGAUGUACAGGACCACACAUGAUUUUUUUUGUCAUUGAUUUAAAAAAAAUAUAUAACCACUGUUUUCUGUGAGUGUCUAGUCAGUGUAUUUGGUACCCAAAUGGUUAACAUCUCUCCUUCUCUACUACGAGUCCAAUGCGUUUUUAAGAUUUGAAAGAUUAUGUACUCCUCCUCGUAUGCCUCACAGUGGUUUGGUCUUCUGCGUACCUUUUUCAGACCCUCAGCAACUUUCUUUCUAAAAAGUGACUAGUGACAAAUCUAGUGAGUUAGUCAGACCAUCAGGGGUAGAGUGAGAUAUGUACAAAAGUCUCUUAUUUUGUAGGCUAAUUUAUUCCUCUGCAUGCUUCUCAGAUUAAUCUAAUUCAGCAGCUCUCCCUCUCCUCUCGCACUGUGCGCACACAGGCAGGAGUGAGAGUGAGUUGCUGUACAUUUCUUAGUCUGAAUGAGGUUUUUGCACUACAAUAACUUAAUUUAACCCUUUAAACUGGCCAUGCCAUAUACUCGUGCCACUUUUCAUCAGUGUAAGUCAUGCCAAAAAAGGAUUUAUUUGAUUUAUACUAUAUUAGUAAUCAGAAAACCAAAUUUUACUUUCAGUGCUGCUCAGUGAAAGAACUUGCUUUUUAAUUCACAUUUGUCGCUGUUUCGUCAAGGUAUGUAUUUCUAAAAUGCUACAAAAACUAAAAUAAACUAUGAAAAUAUUGAUUUUACUGUAUGUGGAUUAUUCCUAUAACUUUAAGAUGAACUAUCCCAAAUCAACUUUCACUGACAUUGUCUUCUCUACAUUUAAACGAGAUGUAAUUUGAAAUAUAUGUUCAUUUUAAUUAGCGAAAACAAAAAUUUCAUGUUCACUCAUCAGUUUGAAUAACUUGAAAGAGAGUAAAUGUCUGUUUGGUAUCGAGUUGCAGUGGGUAUUUAACAUUAAAACACAGGGACGUAGAUACUAAUCUGGUAACUAAUGUGACCCCUUUGCAUGACGUCGUCUGAAAUCCGCCAGUAGUAUAUCCAAGUUAUUCAGUAUUUAUAUUUACAUGCACUUUAUGUCCGUCUGUCUUGGCAAUCAAGCAAACAGUUUCCACGUGACAUAUUACGAAAAACAUUCAGACUUAUUUACUUCUUAAAAAAGUUUUCUUAUAUAGAACGUUUUUAAUAAGAUGUUUUCCUAUAGCAUAGUCUCAGUUUUUUUAAGAUGUAUAGAAUAGUGUAAAGGUAGCACCCUGGCUUCACCUAACUGUAUAAAAUUGAUAAGGAAGGAAUAAACGGGACGAUAACUCCAAACGUCUGGUUUUAUUUUAUUUUUUAACAAAUCGGGUAUGGAAUUAAUCUGCAGAUGUCAUAAUGCAUAUUAUUAAAUUGUUUUUACUGCUGAAAAGACAAAAGUCUAAGCUUUACA